CGCCACCCCCAUGAAGGAUUGGAACCCGUUCCUGCUUCCAAGAUUGUAGAAGAAGAACCAAAGUAACGUCCUCUGUAGAGACGAGCUAAAAACUUUAUGAAAUUUUUAUGAGAACUGUAUGGGCUAGAAACAAAGGGCCUCCAAAUUGACUAAAAACACAAUAAUGGGCCUAAAAACUGAGCAAGAGCCCAGCCCGCAGUCACCAUCAGAAAAUUUCCCUGGCUCGCUUUUACACUGACGGCAUCAUAAAAAAAAAUUGUGGAUAAGAAAAUUCGGCAGCUGCUCAUCCGCCAGUCUCGCCGGUCGAAAAUACUCCGCCGCCGAGGAAGCCAUGGCUGGGAUUACCAGCGCCGGCAGCUUUCCUUUCACACCCCUUCCGACCGCCGGAAAAUCGGCCACUCUUUUAUCGUCCCUCGACUCCAAGCUCUUCGGCCUCCGGCUCCACUGCUCCCCUCUAUGCCGAGCAGAGUCUCUCGUCUCCUCUCCCAGGACAUUCCCCGGCUCCUCCGUGGUCACCGCCCGUUACGGCGGAGGGGGAGGCGGCGGCAGGGGCGGACGUUCGAGGCAGACCGAACCCGAUGAUGAGCAGGCUCUUGACAUAUCUGUAGUUCGGUCGGCUACGGUGAGGCUCAUCGACCAGAAGCAAAACAUGGUUGGAGUGGUAUCGAAAGCUGAAGCUAUUCGGAUAGCUGAAGAAGCUGAGCUUGAUUUGGUUGUGUUGUCUCCAGAAGCAGAUCCUCCGGUCCUCCGAAUAAUGGAUUACAACAAAUAUAGAUAUGAACAACAAAAGAAGAAGAAAGAUCAGCAGAAGAAAAGUGCAGCGAGUCGAAUGGAUCUAAAGGAGCUUAAGAUGGGUUAUAGCAUUGAUCAACACGAUUAUGGUGUACGGCUGAAGGCGGCUAGAAAGUUUUUGACAGAUGGUGAUAAGGUUAAGGUGAUCGUAAACUUGAAAGGUCGUGAAAAUGAGUUCAGAAACAUUGCCAUCGAGCUUCUCAGACGUUUCCAGAAUGAUGUUGGGGAGUUGGCAACUGAGGAGAGCAAGAAUUUGAGGGAUAGGAACAUAUUCAUUACCUUGGUUCCCAAUAAGGCUAUUCAACAAAAAGGUCAGGAACCUCCCAAGAAGAAAGAUAAGCCAGCUGCUGUAAAUGAAGUGUCGGCCAAUGUGUAAGUUGACAGUAGGGAAGAGUUUUUAUCUAUGAAGCAGAUGCUAAAGGUUGUCCUCGAAUCCAUCAGCUGGGUGUAGAAAACUCAGGAACUGUACAGCUACUGUACCAUAGCACAAUUUGGAUCAACAUGGCAAGUUCAAGUGCAUAACUUCGCCGAGAUAAAUAGAAAGCGUUUGAAGCUUCCCUCCCUUCUUAUAAUGUAUCUUGGUGGUGGGUUGCUGUUCAGAUAGUGAUUUCCGUGGCUGACAGCUGAGGGGUCAUCGGGGCUUUUCAGCGCUGCAAUGUGUUCAUUAAGAAACAUGGUAACUGGUGGCACUCUCCCUUCCUUUUAGUCGAAGUGAUAGGACUCAGAAAUGUAAUCAAUGUACUCUGUGUACCAUCUAUAUCACAUGCCAAUGUAAUCUUUUCCCACCAAAAUGUUGGGUUCAUGUUAAAUGCCUUGGUUCAGGUGUGCCAACAUAAGCUUGUGACUCGUCGGUUCAACGCCUUGUUGAUGAACGCUUUGGUUCGGUGUAUUUGAAAACGUGUCAUUUCUUGCAAUCGAAACUUUUCAUGUAUGUUGCACGUUGAUCAGCGCGUUCUUUCAAAUGAUGCAUUCGUUUCAUUGCUGUCAACAUAGAGGGGAGUAGGAGAAGGUGAUCCAUCUGGAUGGGGAGACUCCAACUCACUCAACAAACGAAACGACUUGGUGAGUUGAGAGUUUGGGAGCACUGACUUGGCUUUGAAGUUGCUCCAUCUCCAGUUAAAAUGGCCUCUCAGCACUUUUUGGUUUCUCAGUUACAUUCACGUUGGUUUUCCUUGAUAAUACGUCUCCACAGCCUGGAAAGGGAACAUUUCGAUUUCUGUUGGUAAAGUCUACUUUCCUUGAUCUAGGCUUAUUUGGGUGAUUGAUUCAAAUCUAAGACCAGGAAGGAAACGGCAAAAUGGUUCUUCAACCAUGACCCUACCUGGCCCCUUUGGCCGGACCGUAAAAACACGAAUUUGGAAAAGUAAGGAGGUCAAUUUCGAUUUGGCUCGUUUAACUUGAUUCGAACUUGUCCAUCUUUUGCGACUAGACGAACAUUAUAUGAUUUAUGAGUAUUGAAGGGUUACGGGCCUUCUUUUUCUGUUGCCUUUUCUCAACCAUUUAUUUCAAUAUUCCAGUAUCUUUUAUUUAUACUUUUCUAAAGUAAAAUUUUCACUUCUACGGGGUAUGAAGUGCGACUCUCCAUUUUAAUAGACGGAAUUCGAGAUU